AUGUCCCGCCCAAGUCUCAGUAUUGGAAGUGACUCCCUGCGAAGUUGUCUAGCGCCCCGUGAUCAAUCGUCCGACUCCGGAUCCGACAUCUGUUACGACACAGCCCUGCCACCCAUCACUUCCAAGCAGUUGAUUCUCAACUCUCGAUCGUGCCGCGGCUCCGAUCCGUCCAUCGUGGUAGGAAGUUUUCGUGGAAACCAAAAAGCCGCAGCAGCCCUCGGUUUCGCCCCGGACAUGUCGAGCAUGACGCGGGGGCCCAAUGCCCAUCGCCGGACCGGAAGCACCUUGAAAACCGUCAUGAGAAAAAUAUUCACCCGCAAAGCACGGGGUCAGGCGGACGGUUGUGAGGAGGUUUCUCCGGACUUUCGGCUCAACAAUUCCCAGGAAUCGCGGCCAGAGAAGGACACAACGAAUUACGCCGCGCUCUCGAAUUCAUUGAAAUCAAAAUACAGCAACCCGGCCCGGGACGAGCUCAAAGAUCCGAAAGCUUUUGAAGAUACAUUAUUAAAGCUCGAAAUGAGGCCACCCCGAACCCGCCGAGCCACGUUGCCCAGCUUAAUCUUCUCGGAAGAUGACGAGUCCCGUGAUGCCCUGGAUGCGUUGAUUCAUUCAGACCCCGCGGACAGUCGAAGUAAAAGCCCCCGCCUCGGCGACCAUGAUGAGCGACGGCGCGAGCUCCUGCGCAGCAAGCGACGCUCACGGAGCGCAACCGCUCUGCGGGGGUUGGCCAAGAACCACCGGAUGUCUCCGAUUCAAUGGAGAAGACGCAGUAUCGAAUCUUACGUCACGUCAACCGCCUGUGGCGCAACUUCCGAGACGGAUUUGGUGUCUAUUCGACCCCCGACACGGGGCACUGCAGUCAGUGCCCCUCAGACGGCUGUUGAGCCGUCCGUAGAUGGAGUGGACCCCUUAGAUGACCCUGUGGACGAAGAGCGCAUACCGCCAAAUGUCGGCACAUUGGUCAGCGCUAUGCAACACGACGAGAGUAUAUCAUUGGAGCAGCGAUUGACCACCUUGGAGGUGAAGUUGAUUGACCUCGAAUUUGCUAUUGCCCGCAUGCAGACCGAACGCAGUGAACCUUCUCCCACGGCGUCGGCAGGAAGGAAACAAUCACAGAAUUCGACCGAGCACAAGCGCAAAAAGUCUACGGCUCAGUCUCCACCAUCCGGCAGUGAGGCUACGUCCAGCGUCGGAUCGGCAGGAGAUCGACCCUUGAGCACCGCUACUAUCCGCCCCAGCGCACAGCACCUGCAUCGUUCAAAAACCUUACAAAGCCCCUCCUUAAGCUCACUCAGUGACCAUCACGCCGGAAUUUCCGUAGAGCAGUACAGCGCUUUGGUCAUGCUAUUACGACGAGAACAAAACGCCCGCCGCAGCCUCGAACACGAGGUCUCUGGCCUACGCUCGGAUAUCCAGCAGCUGCAACAGCUAGCCAGGAAUUCCAUGGGUCUCAAAACAAUGUACCCAAUUCGGAGCGCUGACUCGCAGGAGUUCAUCCGCCCGGACUCCAAUACGAUGGGGUAUUCACAGACUACUUCUGUCCAUACGGAACAGAAACUCGGUUCACCGUACGAGAGUGAUUCGGACUACGAUCGAUCCGACACGCCGAAGGAGGACACAUUUCGGCCGAGAUGGCCGCCAAACCGACGAGUGGAAAUCGGUAAUAUGAUCUGA